UUGCAUCUUCUCCCAGUAUUGAAGAGUUCAGCUGAGAGCCAAAGUCUCCCCUUCUUCUUCCUCCUCCAUACAUUACCUUCAUCUAUUCUCAGCACCCCAGCAGCUCCACACGACUUAAGGGAGACAGAGACCGGCGAUGAACGGCGGCGACAGCAGCCCGGUGAUGACCGACAGCGAGCGGCGGGCGUACCGGUACAAGGAGCAGGCGGCGCCGAGGCUGCUGGGCAUGAGGAAAUCGUGGUCCAACGACUCGCUCGCCGGCUACGCAUACGGGGGCGGCAGGGCGUCCUGCGUGUGCGCACCCACCACGCACCCGGGCUCCUUCCGCUGCAAGCACCACCGCCACGCCUCCAACCUCGGCGCCGACGUGAAGCAUCACGAGGCCCAGAGGACGGCGUCCGCCGAUCAGGACAAGUCGUCCUGAGGUGAAGGCGACUCCCGCGCUGCAGCUACGUCCCGCGUUGGCGCCGUGCUCGUCGACGUGGAUCCUGUGCGCGGGCAUCUUCCUCUCUCGUUUCCAGGCUUGGUGUGAGGGUGUUUUCUUGCUUGCAAGAUUGAAAUAAUAAAGUGCUGCUUAGCACGGCAAAUGGCGUGUAAAUAGAAGCUUUCUUCAAUCUUUUUUUUAGAAAGAUAUGUAAAAAGGGAGUGCAUUUCUCCCUUGUGAUCUUUGUUCACUCUACAGUAAUUGUUGAACCAUCUUUUAA